ACUCGUUCAAUACUCGCACACCUCUUAUGUCCUGAGUCCACUGAAUGCCGAUGCUAAUAACACCGCUAACAGCGUGUGACUCGAUCCGGAUAGAAAAGUCCAAUAAAGGGAAGAAGGUGCACACAUACACGCCUUUUAACGUCCGGCUGUUCGACCAUUUGCUUUGACGGUUUGAGGGGGAAAAGGCUCUGAGAUUGAGAAGUCGAAACUCUGCGUCAACUGUAUGAGACAACCAAACAAAAUUUACGCAGGCCCAGGUGGGGUGAUGAGGGGUUGUGGACGAGCUUCAAGACAGAGAAAGAAGAAACACGGCAGCGUGGUCCGAUCAGUCUCUCUGAGCCACCAGCACCAGUGUGUGAGGCUGCUGAGGUUUCUCCACCAGCGAGGGCUCACACCAACGCUGCUGCGGCCAGCCGUCUUCUCUGGUACUCACACACGUACGUUCAAUUCAGUCGUUCACACGUGUCAUGUUUGCGCAUCGCUGGUGUCUCCAGACACAGGCCGAGGUCUGCAGGCCGUCAGGAAUGUGAAGCCGGGUCAGCUGCUGAUUUCUCUGCCACAGUCGUGCCUCCUUACAACCUCCACUGUGAUGGACAGCUACCUCGGCCAGUACAUCAAGAGCUGGAAGACCCGCCCCUCACCUCUGUUGGUGCUCUGUGUCUUCCUGGUGUGUGAGCGACACAGAGGAGAGUAUUCUGAUUGGUUCCCCUACAUGGACAUCCUGCCCGCCACUUACUCAUGUCCCGCCUAUUUCUCCGAUGAUGUCAUGGCGCUUCUGCCGUCCGGUGUGCAGCGGCGGGCUCUAGAGCAGAGGGAGGCAGUUCGAGAACUCCACUCCUCCAAUCAGGACUUGUUUCAGACUCUGCAGCCGCUCCUCAGUCACCCUGCGGCAGAUGUGUUGACGUAUGAAGCGCUCAGGUGGGCGUGGUGCAGCGUCAACACCCGCUCUGUCUUCAUGCCUCAGCCGUCCAAUGAGUUUUUGCAUGGACAAGAUGUUUACGCCUUAGCUCCCUUCUUGGAUUUCCUCAACCACCAGCCUGACGUGCAGGUCAAGGCAGGUUUCAACCCCUCCACAAAAUGCUACGAAAUCAGGAGCGUUUGUGGGACGCAACGCUUCCAGCAAGCCUUCAUCAACUACGGUUCCCACGACAACCAGCGCCUGUUGCUGGAGUACGGCUUUGUCGCCCCGGGCAACCCGCACAGCGUAGUCUACGUGGACACAGAAACCCUCCGUCAGGUUCUGAGAGGUGACAGAAGUCUGGAGCAGAAGAUGAAGUUCCUCAGAGAGAAAAACUUCCAUAAUAAUCUGACCAUAUCCAGUGAAGGUCCCAGCUGGAGGCUGAUGACGACUCUCAGAUUGAUGUCACUGCCACAAACACAAUAUCACCAGUGGGGGGCAGUGUUGCGCGGCCAGGCGGUUGAUGAGGAGGCCGACCUGUGGAGUGUUCGUACAGCGAUGACGUUGUGUGAACGACUACUGCUCAACACACUCAGAGCUCUACAUCAGGUUAUAAAGCCAUUUCUAAAGCUUUGGGACUCCAGCAAACCACAGUGAGAGCCAUUAUCCACAAAUGGCGAAAACAUGGAACGGUGGUGAACCUUCCCAGGAGUGGCCGGCCAAUCAAAAUGACCCCAAGAGCACAGCGAUGACUCAUCCGAGAGCUCACAAAAGACCCCACAACAACAUCCAAAGAAUUGCAGGCCUCACUUGCCUCAGUUAAGGUCAUUUCACUGUCUAACACUGCUAAUGCACUAGGCCUCCUGCAUGCCAUCAUUGAUAAACACGAGACCAAACACCCAGACGCUGUAUUUAUUAUAUCUGGCGAUUUCAACCACUGUAACCUCAGGACUGUCCUCCCCAAAUAUUACCAGCAUGUGAGCUUUCCCACAAGGGAAAAUAACAUCCUGGACCAAGUCUACAGCAACAUGAAAGGUGCUUUGAAGGCUGUUCCAAGACCCCACUUUGGAAAGGCUGACCACAUCUCUAUAUUCCUUUAUCCAACGUACAGACAACUUCUCAAAAAAGCUCCCCCUGUAAGUACAGCAGUUAAAGUGUGGAAUGAAGAAACUGAUCAAGUACUUCAGGACUGCUUUGGCUGCACAAACUGGGAUGUGUUUAAAACUGCAGCGGGGAGGGAAGAUUGUACUGUUGAUUUGGAUGAAUAUGCUUCUGCUGUUACUGGCUACAUUAGCACAUGUAUAGAGACUGUUACCACCACCAAGUAUUACAGAAAAUACCCUAACCAAAAACAGUGGAUGAACUGUGAUGUAAGGGCUAAGCUACGUGCUCGUUCGACUGCAUUUGUCAUGGGCACCGCUGAUGACUACAAAAAGGCCAGAUAUGACCUGAGGAGGUCCAUACGGGAGGCCAAAAGACAGUACAGACAGAAGCUGGAGGGCUACUAUUCCACCUCAGACCCUCGGCGCAUGUGGGCGGGGCUCCAGCACAUCACAGACUAUCGCCAGCAGAGUAGCGUAGCCACGUCCAGCCAAACCACACUUCCAGAUGAGCUGAACGAGUUCUAUGCCCGCUUUGACACCCAAACUUCUGAUGAGCAGAGAGGGUGGCUGAACCUGGGGAGCACACAGGACGCACCUCUCAUGGUGACAUCAGCUGAUGUGCGCAGGGUUCUAAACAAAACAAACCCACGAAAAGCAGCAGGCCCAGACAACAUCUCAGGACGUGCACUUCGGGUUUGCUCAUCAGAGCUAGCUGAUGUGCUUGCUGACAUAUUUAACCUGUCGCUUGCACAAGCAUCUGUACCGACCUGCUUUAAGUCCACCACCAUAGUGCCCGUACCCAAGAAGAGCAACGUGACCUGCUUGAAUGACUAUCGCCCUAUAGCACUCACUCCUAUUGUUAUGAAGUGCUUUGAAAGAAUAGUCAUGACCCACAUCAAAAAGAGCAUCCCGGCGGCAACUGUGGACCCUCUACAGUUUGCAUAUCGCCAGAACCGGUCCACGGAUGAUGCAGUCAACACUGCCAUCCACACAGCCCUUUCUCACCUACAGGGCCAGGACACAUACGUCAGAAUGCUAUUUAUAGACUAUAGCUCUGCUUUUAAUACAGUCAGCCCCCACAAACUCACAAAUAAGCUCCUCACACUUGGCCUGUCUCCCUCCCUCUGUAACUGGGUGUUUAACUUUCUCACGGGCAGACCCCAGUCAGUCAGAGUCCACAACCGCACAUCCAGCUCAAGAAUUGUGAGCACUGGGACCCCACAGGGGUGUGUGCUGAGUCCACUCCUCUACACGCUCUUCACCUACGAUUGCGUGGCCUCCCAGAACAACACCAGCAUCAUUAAAUUUGCGGAUGACACUACAGUCAUCGGACUGAUCACUGGUGGUGUUGAAACAUCAUACAGAAGAGAGGUGGCGGACCUCAUAGC